CCUACCUCUCUCUCUCUCAACCCUCUCCCCCUUGCGUCAUGGCUUCCACCGCUGAAGUCGCAAGAGAGUUCCUCAAAAUCCACGAAACCUCCUUCUCCCACCCCCCAACACAUAAACCGUGGCCGCGGAGAGCCUAUCCUAUGGAUUCAAGGACUUCGUGUUCGCUCCGUACGGAUCCUAUUGGAAGUUCAUGAAGAAGGUGUGCAUGUCGGAGCUCCUGGGCGGCAAAAUGCUCCACCAGCUCUUCCACGUGAGGCAGCAAGAGAGGAAGAGGUUCCUUAGCGAUUUGGCAAAGAAAGGGUUAGCCGGUGAGACCGUGGAUAUUGGGGCAGAACUCAUGAUGCUGACCAACAACGUGAUAUCGAUGAUGACGAUGAGGCAGAAGAGCUGUUCUGAAAGGGGAGGAGAAGCGGAGGCGCUGAGAAAGGUGGGGGAGGACACGGUGGAGCUGAGCGGGAAGUUCAACGUGUCGGAUUUCUUGUGGUUCAUGAAGGGUGUUGAUAUUCCUUAGAUCUUCUUGAUGAUGAGUAGAGGGAAUGCGCAUUUCGUUCUCCUAUAGUUUGGUGGAUAUUUAGGUGUCGUUUUGAUGAUUAAAGAGACUGUAAACUACACACUUGAUCUUAGUUAAAAUUGAAUAAUUACAGAAAUAUAAAAAAAA